AUGGAUAAUCGCGGUAGCAACGGAACCAGUUCUUUGAUGACGACAGAAAUUGGUGUGGAGAGUGCUGCUCUUAACCACACCAGCUCAAAUGUGUCAAUUAGCACUAAUUUAGAGCCCGUUUCCCCGAUAAACUUUUGGAAUAGAAGAGGUUCAACUAGUGCGACUUCCUAUCAUAGUGGCUCUUCGGUUGCUUCUUCGGGAGACGAGGAAAAACCUCAACACUAUAAUCACCAAUCUGUGAAUCUUAGUUCGGAUUCUCAUUCAACAAGUAAAAAAAAGAAAGGAUUACGUUUGAGCUUGAAGCCUAUGCGAGCAACAGCAACUUCAACGCCUAAAUCUCCCUUGCAAACGCCAAACAGUAACGAACAAAAUAAUGAGGGUAGCAUAAGCCAAAGCUUCUCGCACGCAAGUCAGGUUUCUUCAACAACUUCAAGGCGAGAUUCUCUCUCGGUUGAUUAUUCUAGUGAUCCUCAGCAUCCACCAGAUUCACCUCAAUCGCCUGGCAACUUUUUUUCGAAGAAUCCUUCUAUUAAUACAGCACAUGGUUUUGAAGUUAAGGAGACGCAUACAAUUAACAAGGAAUAUGACCCAACGACUGGAAAGAAAAUGAUAAACAAGUAUAUGCUGAUACGAGAAGUUGGAAGAGGUGUUCAUGGGAAAGUGAAGUUGGGAAGAGAUAUGGAGACGGAUGAGUUGGUUGCAAUAAAAAUAGUAGAUCGAACACCACGACGGCGCUUAGGACAACGACAAAACGAGCCAUCAAAUGAACAAAAAAUACGAAAAGAAAUUGCCAUCCUGAAAAAAUGUGCACAUCCACAUGUAGUUAGUCUAAAAGAAGUGAUUGACGACCCGAUGAGCAAAAAGAUAUAUAUGGUUCUCGAGUACAUGGAAGGAGGAGAAAUACAGUGGAAAGAUGAAAAUGACAAUCCAAUUAUGGAUAUUGAAGAUUCAAGACGAAUCUUUAGAGAUGUAGUGUUGGGCUUGGAAUAUCUACAUCACCAAGGAAUCAUACAUCGAGACAUAAAACCCGCAAAUUUAUUACUUACCGCCGAUCAUGUGGUAAAAAUAUCUGAUUUCGGUGUAUCACAUUUUAAUCAACAACGUGUUGCCGCCGCACAAGAUAACGGAGCUCAGAAUUUUGCGUCGGGCAAUGACACAGAGUUGGCGAAAACGGCGGGGAGUCCUGCUUUUUUUGCACCGGAAUUAUGUUUUACAGGCGACAUUCCUCCGGAUUUUACAUCUAGUUCAAUUGUAUCCGCCAUAACAAAUCAUGAUCCAACAUCAUCACCCUCUAUCGUCGGACCAUCGUCACCUACGACGAAUAGAUCGAUGCAUCGCCCACCAAUUACUAAAGCUAUUGAUAUUUGGGCACUUGGAGUGACAUUAUAUUGUUUUAUUUUUGGCCGGUGUCCGUUUAUAGCAGACACGGAGUUUGAAUUGUUUUUUGAUGUUAUACCGCGAAAGACGCUCGAGUUUCCUGAGAAUGUAGAGAUUCCUAACGAUCUGAAGGAUUUAUUCAUGCGAUUACUUGAGAAAGAUCCAUCUAAGAGAAUUACUUUAGAAGAAGUCAAGAAACAUCCUUGGGUGGUUGCCGACCUGCCUAAUCCAGAUAAAUGGCGAGAGGAUACAGACCCGAAAAAAUACCAAGCUGUCACUGUCACAGAUGAUGAAGUCAAGGGGGCAUAUACACUUAUCGAUCGCCUGAAAAAGAAAUUCCGAAAGCUUUCUGUAUCGUUGGGUAAUCUAGCAUUAGGUUUUCGUAAACGAUCAAAAUCCGUAUCUGGUCCAUCAACACAAUCUGAAGGUGACUCCCAAUCAGGUAUCUAUGGUUCGAGUUUGCCAGAGACUUCGUCAGCACGACGACGAAUAUCCAAAGAUCUAGAAAACUAUGGAAUCGAUUACGAGGACCAGCAAACUUCUUUCUCGUCAUCAUCCUCACGAUCGACACUUGGAAUUUCACCUACAACUUCGUCACAAAACACUGUUGUCGCUGUAUUAGAUCAUUACACGCGACCGAGUUCACGAAGUUUUGCUUCAAAAAGAAAAAGCAAUAAUUCACAUAGUAGUUUGAAUCAGAGUUGGCAAAAUCAAAAUCAAAAUCAUAAUGGUAUGUCAUCAGGUAUUAAUGGUGGUGAUAGUCAAAAUAAUCUUACCGAUAGUGACGAGGAUGAUGGUGGUGUUGUGUUUGUUGCAAAUGCCUUGAGGCAUCAUCAUCAAAAUCCUAGUAAUCAUUCUACGUGA